AUGUGUAAGGAUUUGAUGAACCAAUCGCAGCAUUUGCAAAGGGUAGUUGAUCAUUUCACUACUGAACAAAUUGCAAAUAAUCGGUUGCAAUUAAAGGCCACAAUUUUUAUUGUGCGAUAUCUUGCCUUUCAAGCUAUAGCUUUUAGAGGUCGAGAUGAAAGUUUUAGUUCAUUAAAUCGUGGGAACUUUCAUGAAUCAUUGGGUAUUGUGACUUUUUGGAAUGAGAAGGUUGCUGAAAUAAUAGAAAAAGCUCCAAAAAAUGCAACCUACACAUCACCUAGGAUUCAAAAGGAAAUUCUACAUGUUUUCUCAGCCAAAGUGAAGAAGGCCAUUCGAGAAGAAAUUGGUGAUGCAAAGUUUUGCAUAAUGGUUGAUGAAGCUCGUAAUGAGUCCAUGAAAGAGCAAAUGGCUGUGGUGUUUAGAUAUGUUGAUGCAGAAGGCUUUGUGAAAGAACGCUUUUUUGGGCUUAUUCAUGUUGUUGACACUGCAGCUUUGACUCUAAAGAAGGGGAUAUAUUCUUUGUUAUCUCAAUAUUGCUUAUAUAUACAAAAUAUUCGAGGACAAGGAUAUGAUGAAGCAAGCAACAUUGUUUCAUGCAAGCGCAAUGAGCAAUUGAAAGUUGCCAAUGCUAAUGAAAUAGCACGUUUGAUUGAUCUUGAAGAGCUUGAGACUGGAAGUGGACUUAAUCAAAUUGGCACUUUACAACGACCUGGAGAAACACGUUGGAGUUCACAUUUUAGAUCAGUUUCUAGCUUAUUAAGGAUGUUUAGUUCAACUGUUGAAGUUUUACAAAAUAUAAUUGAUGGUACAAUUGAUGGAGAAAAUCGGGCAGAAGGAGAGUCAGCUUAUGAAGCACGCCACAAAGAGAUUGGCUCCGUCGUGAAGGCUCUGCAUGCCAUUGAGAGAUUGGCUCAUGUCGCUCCAAGUACCGGCAAUUUGCACGAACUCAACGGCGGUGAUGGACCGAAAUCUAUGUCUGGUUUUUGGACCUUGCAUCGAAGACUCGACAUCGGGGAUUUCCACACAGACGCUAUACUCACCGUCCCAUUUGUCUCGGCUGAGUUCGUAUCUGAGAAAGUGUGA